AUGGAGGAUAUGGAGUUGGUGGAUCCACCAACUAUCGGCGGAAAGUUUACUUGGUUUAAUAGCAACGGAAAAGCCAUGAGUAGAAUUGACAGGAUCUUGCUUUCGAAAAGUCUAAUGGUGGAUUGGAAAGUGGGAGCUCAAGUCAUAGGAGGGAGAGAUUUGUCCGAUCACGCCCCUAUAUGGAUAAAGGACAAUAGGAAAGACUGGGGGCCUAAACCUUUCAAGUUCAACAAUAAUUGGUUGAGAUAUAAAGAUUUUAAUAACUUUGUGGAGAAGGAGUGGAGUACUAUUAAAGUGAAAGGGAGAGGCGAUUUUUGCUUGGUGGAAAAGUUGAAAGUGUUGAAAGGAAGGCUUUCUUGGUGGAAUAAAGUGGUGUACGGAUGGAUAGAUCUUAAAAUCAACAACGCUAGCAAGGAGAUCCACGAUUUAGAUAACGAGUUUGUUUUUUUUGCAGGUAACGUACCGGAUGAUGUGGUCCAAAAAAGGGCCAAAGAGGUGGAAGUCUUUUGGGAGAAUCUCAACAAGAAGGAAGGUUUGCUUCGGCUAAAAUCUAGGCAAACUUGGUUGUUGGAAGGGGAUAGCAAUUCUCGAUUCUUCCAUAGAUCGUUGAGAUGUAGGAAGGGGAGGAACUCUUUGUGUUCCCUAGAGUCCGAUAGGGGGAGAUUGGACGAUGUGGACAACAUUAAAAGUUGCGUUUUCGAUAAUUUUUGCGGUUUCUUCAAAGAGGGAGUGGGAGAGAGACCGGUUCCCCUUGAUCUAGGUACCGGCAAGUUGUCCACUAUGGAUAGGGAGUUGUUGGAAGCUCCGUUCCUUGAGACGGAGGUGAAGGAGGCUAUAUGGGCGUGUGAUGGGAAUAAGAGUCCGGGGCCGAAUGGUUUCACGUUGGAGUUCUUCAAGUCUUUUUGGAGCUUGCUUAAGGAAGACUUAAUGAGAUUCUUCUUGGAUUUCCACUCCAAAGGAAAGUUAGUGAAGUCCAUCAAAUCUUCUUUUAUUGCUCUUAUACCAAAAUCAAACAAUCCCCAAGACUUAAGCGAGUACCGCCCCAUUUGCUUGGUCGGGAGUCUCUAUAAGAUUGUCUCUAAAGUGAUGGCCGCUAGAUUAAAGUUGGUGAUCGGUAAUUUGGUGUCCCCUAACCAAACCGCUUUUGUGCCAGGAAGAAACAUGAUGGACGGCGUGGUGUUGGUGAACGAAAUAAUUGAUUGGUCUAGAAGAUUCAAGAAGAGUUGUUUUUUCCUAAAGAUGGAUUUUGAAAAGGCCUGCGAUUCCGUUUCUUGGGACUAUCUUAGACUUGUGUUAAGGUCCAUGGGAUUCGGGGAGAAGUGGCAAUUGUGGAUGGAAGCUUGUGUGUUCGAUAGCUUUAUGUCCGUGCUUGUGAAUGGUAUCCCUUCUAAAGAAUUUCUGGUCCAUAAGGGAUUGAGACAAGGUGAUCCUAUCUCCCCGUUUCUCUUUGUUUUAGCCAUGGAAGGUCUAACGGCUCUUGUAAGGAAAUCGGCGAUUAUGGGGGACUAUCAUCCGUUUAAGUUUGGGGAAGAGGAGUGUGUGGAUAUUCUACAAUUCAUGGACGAUACCAUUAUCAUCGGAGAGCCUACUAGCGACAACCUUUGGAGUUUGAAAGUUGUGUUAAGAGGUUUCGAAUUGGUAUCGGGUUUGAAAAUCAACUUCUCUAAAAGUAACGUGUAUGGGGUUAAUGUAGGAGAGUGGUUCUUGAAUACAGCUACUCACUUCCUUGGUUGUAAAAGGGGAGAGAUCCCCUUCACUUUCCUUGGAAUAAGCGUGGGUGACAAUCAUAGUAGGAGGAAAGUUUGGACGAGAGUUGUGAACAAAAUCAAAAGUAGACUCUCUUUGUGGAAAAGGAAAUUCAUCUCCGUCGGAGGUAGAGUGACGCUUAUCAAUGCGGUCCUUAAUGCUAUUCCCACAUUCUUAUUAUCUUUCUACAAAGCUCUGGGUGUGGUCUUGAAGGAAAUUAGAGGGAUCAUUAGUAAGUUUCUUUGGGGAGGCAACAAGAAUUCUAGGUGUAUCCAUUGGGUCGAUUGGAAAAAGGUUUGCAAACCAAAGGACAAAGGAGGCCUCGGUAUUAGAGACGUCGGUGAAAUCAACAACGCUCUUCUCCUUAAGUGGAAGUGGAGAAUACUUACGGAGGAUAGUGCAAUUUGGCGUAAAUUCUUGGAGGCAAGAUAUGGCGUUCCAAAGUUGAAGGUGCAAGGUUAUGUCGAAGGAGGACGGAAACAUAAAGAAUCUAAGUGGUGGAGGGACAUUCUAGCAAACGACAUACAGUCGGGGUUAGGGGACGAGGGCUUCCCGUGUCAUAUUUGUUGCAUUGCGGACAACGGAAAGAAUGUUUUAUUUUGGACUAGCAAGUGGUGGGGGGACAAUUCCUUCCAAGUGUUAUUUCCGGAUUUGUUCACUGUAUCCACAAAUACUUUUGUCACUGUUUUUGCUGCUGUUAAUAGGCUGGAUGGUGAUGCUGUUUGGUGCCCGAUCGUCAUUUUUGGAUCGGAGGAAAAGGCUCUCUUAGUCACUUCCAGCACUGAGUUGGGUGCUCAGUGGCAGCAGCUCAUUUCGCUGCUGGCGUCUGUCCGGUUCAGCAAUAGCACUGAGGACAGUUUCGAAUGGAUUCCAAAUCUAGACGGGCUGUUUUCGGUGGCCUCAGUGGCGUGCUUGACUGCUGCGCGGAAGAACAAUGCAUGGCAGCCUGAAGUGAUUGAAAGGUUGAAGAUUGUGUGGAGUUUGUCGUUCCCUUUAAGGAUUCAAAUUUUUGCGUGGAGAUUCUUUACUUCAAGGAUUCCCACUAUUGAUGCAUUGAUUUAUAGAGGAGUGGAUAAUAUCUCUAGCUUGUCGUGUGUUUUUUGCGGGAAUGAACCAGAAUCAUUGUCCCAUAUUUUCUUUUCCUGUAAUGUUUCACUGAAAGCGUGGGAGAAGAUCUAUGGGUGGCUAGGGGAAGAUGUUUUGUUCAACUUUGAAGAGUUCAUGUCGUUUGAUGCAAUCCAAGAGAAGACGAAGGGGGUUGCCUCCAAGUCGAAGAUCAAUUCGAUUUGGAUGGCUUUGAUUUGGAGUGUUUGGAUAAUGCGCAAUUCCAUUAUCUUCGAUCAAGCAUCCUACUGUUUUGAUACGGUGGUCUACAAUGAUUCCCCUGAUUCAAGAUCAAGCCGUGGUAGAACUUCCGUUGUUCCUUUUACCUACUUUUCACGCAAAAUGCCUUGCGGAGACGGUGUUGGUGGUUCUGGAUCUUUACCAGAAAAGGAAGGUGGAGAAGGUGUUGGUGGUGAUGGAUCUUUUCAAGAACCAUCAGAAAAGGAUUCUGGUGGUGAAUACAAAGUUUUACCUAGUUCAUCAACUGAGUAUAGGUUGUUUUCGGAAGUAGUUCGCAGUGGAAAAUGUGCAACAAUCGCUCUCUUUCCAUCUCUUUCCAACAACAUUGCAAUAGUGAAAAUGGAUUCCCCUGAUUCAAGAUCAAGCCGUGGUAGAACUUCUGUUGUUCCUUUUACCUACUUUUCAAGCAAAAUGCCUUGCGGAGACGGUGUUGGUGGUUCUGGAUCUUUACCAGAAAAGGAAGGUGGAGAAGGUGGAGAAGGUGUUGGUGGUGAUGGAUCUUUUCAUGAACCAUCAGAAAAGAUGUUUAUUGUAUUUUGGUCACAUUGUAUUGAUUUUUUUGAUGAUGUUAGAUGUUUUUCAUUUUUACCUAGUUCAUCAACUGAGUAUAGGUUGUUUUCGGAAGUAGUUCGCAGUGGAAAAAUGGCAUCUCCUCCCAAAUCCCCUCCUUCUACUCCCCCACCCCCUCCUUCUCUCCCAACCCCUUCUUCUCUCCCAACUCCUCCUUCUGAAGCACAAUUGGAUUCCCCUGAUUCAAGAUCAAGCCGUGGUAGAACUUCCGUUGUUCCUUUUACCUACUUUUCACGCAAAAUGCCUUGCGGAUACGGUGUUGGUGGUUCUGGAUCUUUACCAAAAAAGAUUCUGUUUUUACAUGUGAAUUUAUUUUUGAUUGUUUUUGUACUAGAAGGUGGAGAAGGUGGAGAAGGUGUUGGUGGUGAUGGAUCUUUUCAAGAACCAUCAGAAAAGUAUGGUGGUGAAUACAAAGUUUUACCUAGUUCAUCAACUGAGUAUAUGUUGUUUUCGGAAGUAGUUCGCAGUGGAAAAAUGGCAUCUCCUCCCAAAUCCCCUCCUGCUACUCUCCCACCCCUCCUUCUCUCCCAACCCCUUCUUCUCUCCCAACUCCUCCUUCUGAAGCACCAUUGGUAUGACCUGAUUAAUUGUUUUGAUAUUCCAAUAAUUUACAUUUGA